AUGGCCUCGGCAGUCGCGUCCACCUCGACCGCCCUCGUCUCGUCGUCGUCGUCGUCCUCCUCCCCGGCCCGACCCCGCACCCGCACCUUGCGCCUCAAGGCCUCGGACGACGACAGCGACUACCGCCCCGCCCUGCACCACGACACCGCCGACGACGACUCGGCCGCCUCAGACGACGACGACGACGACGACGACCCGUCCGUCCAGCUCGACAGCGACGACCUCGGCACCGACGACGGCGACUCGAACCCGCGCAAGCGGCGCUACAAGUGCGCGUGGCCCAGCUGCGGCCGCUCCUACGUCCGCCCUGUCCGCCUCGAGGAGCACGAGAGGAGCCACACGGGCGAGCGUCCCUUUGCCUGUCCCGACUGCGACGCCACCUUUGCGCGCGACAGCCACCUCAAGGCCCACGUCCGCACCCACGCGCCCGAGUCGGACAAGCCGUUCGCCUGCUCCGAGGACGGCUGCGACAAGCGCUUCUGGACCGCCCAGCACCUCAAGGGUCACGUCGACGGCGUCCACCUCGGUCGCACAGACGCCGCCAAGACGUACGACUGCUCGCACUGCGGCAGGGUCUUUCGCAAGCACCGCCUCCUCAACGAGCACCUCACCGUCGCCCACGGCGUCCCUGCCGUCAAGCCGCUCGCGUGCCCUCAUCCUGAUUGCGGCAAGACGUUCCAGCAGAAGCACCACCUCAAGAGCCACGAGAAGACGCAUGACCGCGCGUCGCAGCUCUCUCCCUCUCUUCCUCUCCUCCUCUCUCAGCCGUUCGCUGAGCGCCAGUUCGGCGUCUGGUCCGCCCUCCAGAAGCACACCAAGGCGGCGCACCCGCCGCGGUGCCACUACCCGCAGUGCGCCGGCAAGACGUUCACGACGACCUUCGGCUUGCGCACGCACCUCAAGCUGCACGCGGCCGACGAGGAGGCCGGCGUCGAGGGCCUGCCCGAGGGCCGGCAGCGCCGCAGCCGCAAGCGGACGAGCGCGAGGGGCGGCCGUCGCAGGCGGCGCGACAAGGGCAAGGGCAAGGAGAGGAGCGAGGCCGACGAGCGAGGGCUGGACGGCGGGUCGGGCUCGGAGGGAGGGAGCGAGUGGGAGGACCGGCAGGAGGCCGAGCGCGACGAGCGCAUGCGCGAGGACUUUCGCCACGGCGGCAAGAAGAAGCGCAAGGUUCUCGAGGAGGCGCACGGCUUCCCUCCCAUCCCUGCCUCGACCGCCUCGCCCGCCUCGACCUUCUACCGCGACCUCGUCAGCGGCGACCACUAUGCCCACGCGGCCAACCCGUCUGCCUCGGCCGGCCAGCCGCAGCGCAAGUCGGCGCCCGCCUCGCGCGCGACCUCGGUCGGCGGCGGCAAGGCCGACGACCGCCCUCGGCCGGGCCUCCUCAACGUCCCGCGCCAGUUCGCGUGCCCGUUCCCGGCCAUCCUCGCGCUCCCGUUCGACAGCGUCAAGGGCGGCAAGCCGAGCCGCAGCGAGGCCGCCGCCGCUGCUGCCGCCGUCGAGGUCGACGACGAGGACGAGGCCGAGGGGACGUGCCGGUUCUGGUUCAAGCGCGUGUACGACGUCGAGCGGCACUUGAGGAGCCAGCACGGCAUCGAGAUGGUCGGUGGGAGGGACACGCUCGACACGUGGUUCGAGGCGCAGAGGGAGGCGCACGAGGCGCCUGACGAGCGGUGACGAGCCGGUCGUCGUCGAGGAGGCCCGCUGUUUCUUUCGUACUCUGUUGCUUGACAUGCACAUCCAGCUUUCCUCUCUC